UUGGCUGUUGGUCAGCUACGUCAUUGGGACUGGACUGUGUUUAGAGAAGCAUCAUGGCCGCCGCCGUUGUGAGGGGAAUUGGCUCUAACCUUGCCAGGAACCUUCGUGAAAUUCGCUUACAUUUGUGUCAGACGUCCGGGUCCAGUCAGGGAGCCAGAGAUUUUGUGGAGCAACACUAUGUGACCCUCAAGAAGGCCAAUCCUGACUUUCCUAUUUUGAUCAGAGAGUGUUCGGGUGUUCAACCCAGGCUGUGGGCACGCUACGGUUUCGGCAAAGAAAAUAGUGUUGCUCUUGACAACAUGAACGCUGACCAAGUGGCAAAGGCAAUUGAAACAGCUGCUAAUGCAAAACCAUAACAGUCGCCAGUUUGCAUUGGAAGACGCCUGUGUCUCUGUCUCGUUGUGAAAUGUGUAUUGUAAGCUCUCAGAUGUAAUUAAAGUUGAAAUAAAUGUAUUUAAAUAUA